GCAGAAUCGCGUCAAACUUCUCCAAGCGAUUCUUCAUCACAAAACCUAGCCACUCCUCCCUCUCCGAAUCGCCGAACGCGCCUCCCUCUCCGAAUCGCCGAAGUGCCCCCCUCCUUCGCCCCCCUCGCGGCGAAUACACCUCUCGUAGAGAAGCUACGAGACCGGACCUACGACUCUCUCUCGCAGCGAGCCCUCUUCUACCGCGAACUCUCCCUCGCCGCGAGCUUUCCCUUGCCGCAAGCCCUCUCUCGACCGGCAAGCUCUCCCUCUCCGCGAGCCCUCUCCUUCCUAUGUCUCUCCACUCACCGACGAACUAGGGCAUCAUUAUCCGCUCCUCUCAUUUAGUGCUGCAGGAAGUUCAUUUGGAUCAUACUUUCUUAUUCAUUUGGAGCAUCAUUGCCCCAAGCCUAGCCUCAGGUGUCUUGUGUCGCUACCGUGGAGGUACAAGGUGUCGGUUCCAUGGUCCAAGAGCAGAGACUUGGUGAGAUUGAUUCUUGGCAAUCGUACAUUAAAAAUCUUCUAGCCGGCAUUGAUCUCCUCACCAUGCCGGCUUGGAUCAAGGAGAUCAAAUAUUCCUCACCAUGCCGGAUGGUCGCCAUGUCAGCAAACCGCAUGAAACUGCAACAACCGCGCCGUAGGAGAUCAAUGCUGUAUAUAUAUAUACACUUUAACUUUGAUGAUAUGAUGAAGAAGCCACCAAAUGCUAGAAUGGCACAUCCAUGGCCAAACCGCUUUUAUCCAUUGCAUGUGGCACUUGGAGCUGCAGGGGAAAGAGCAAAGGCUGAAUUAAUUCUAUUAUUUUGUUUUUUUUUCUUCUUGUGUUGUAUGUUCUGGGGUCAGGUAUUGGACUGUAACUAUUUGUUUGUUGGCUUCGGGUGUUGUAAUUUGUUUCUAAACAGCCAGUUGCUUAAAGUUGCUUAAACUUGUAAUGAUAGUUCCAUUUUCUUAAUUCUGUCUCUUUAUCUCUUGUAACGACAGUAUGUUGGCUUCGUGCAGUUGUUCAUUCUUGUGUCAAAUUAUAUACUAGUUGCUUGCUUCA